CGCGUGAGCCCUCCACUGCGCGGCCAAGGCCAUCUUUGCAUUGUUCGCUGCGCUGCGCCUGCGCCUGCGCCCGACCGCGCGGGGCUAUUUUUAUACAGAGCUAUUUUGUACCCGCCCGCACCGCACCAUGUCGGACACGGCCGUGGACACCAGCGCCGAGAUCUCCGCCAAGGAUCUAAAAGAGAAGAAGGAAGUCGUGGAAGAGACAGAAAACGGCAGAGAUGCGCCCGCCAACGGCAAUGCUGAGAACGAGGAAAACGGGGAGCAGGAAGCUGACAACGAAGUAGACGAGGAGGAGGAAGAAGGCGGCGAGGAGGAGGACGAGGAGGAAGAGGGUGAUGGUGAGGAAGAGGACGGUGACGAAGACGACGAAGCCGAGGGGGCCACAGGCAAACGGGCGGCUGAGGACGAUGAGGACGACGAGGUCGACCCCAAGAAGCAGAAAACCGACGAAGACGACUAGGCGGCGCGUUUUGGGGUUUUCUUCCUUUUUUUUUUUUUUUUUUUUUUUUUUUUUUUAAAAAA